AUGAGCAGAGAAAAGAGAAAAAAACUUGCGGGAGAGAAAGUUGUUUGUAAUGGUCAAGCUGCAGAUAUUGCGUUGACAAUGGAGAAGGAGAGGCUGAAGAAGCUAGAAGAGUUGCAAGAAACGAACAAACUGCUAAAAUCAGGCUCAAAUCAAGAGUUCAGCAGGUUUGAGAAUCGUGUAAAGAGGGUGAUGAAGCAGAUAAGUGGGACAGAGGAAAGAGUAACUGCAAACAUCAACGACCUUCUCAGAAUAUUCAACGACCCUUCUUGUCCCGUCUCCAUCAGCAUAGCAACUUUAGCAAAGAAGAUGGUUUCCUCUAACGGAACGUUAGCAAACCCAUACGCAUGCAGCUACGUCGUCGUUUACGUGACCUCCAAGUUUCCACAAGCCAUGGAUGUUCUUCUCGCUGAGUUCCACAGAGCCUGCGUUUACACUAUACCAAGAAAUGAUGAUGAUGAUACUGCGAUUCACUCAUCAGAUUAUUAUGAGCGUAUAGAUUCCGUGAUGAGACUAUAUGGUGCACUUGUUCAAACAGAUGUUGGUGAAAACAUCCAUGGCAUUGAUCAUGGAUGGGCUUGGCUUGCUCGGUUCCUUAACAAAACCCAACCACACAACAAAGCUACUGCGACGGCCUUGAACGCAUUCCUCCGGAGCGCAGGGUUUGGUCUUCAUCGGAGGUAUAGAUGUCAGUUCUUGAAACUUAUGAGUGUUGUCAGAGAACAUUUCUUGGCGAAGUUGAUUGCGGAGAAGGACGAUUGUUCCGGUCUACAGACUAUUGUAUCCGAUAUCACGGCUUACUUAGAUGAUCGGAUGUAUCUCGAGGAACCUCAAGGAAGAAGUAUGCGGAAGAAUCAUCUUAGGUCCAGGGACAUUACUGGAUUUUGA